ACUCUCUCUAUCUACAGCUAUGUACUCUUUCUCUCUCUCAACAGUUGUAGACUGAAACUCUCUCUCUCUCUAAGUCAAAAGGCCAGGGUGUCUCCGUUGUCGCUGAACAAAUAGUCUCUCUCUCUCUCUUAUCGCAAAGUACAACAGCAUGCUUUCCGUCUCUCUCUCUCUCUCUCUAAAAUUCCUCUGCCCCAUCAAAAGUCCAGGGAGUAACCUCUCUCUCUAAAACACAGUAUCCCCCUCUUCGAAAGGUGCAAACCUUUGUGCAUCGUCCUCUGAUUGCGAUACCUGAUCGAAAGCCCAAUCUCUCUCUUUCUCUCUAGAAUGGACAUCGUUCCUUACUGUAAAGCUUCCCCAAAAGAAGAAGACCCGUCUCCAAACCUCCCCUGGUCUGACAUGUUUCGCUCCGCCUCUAUUCGGCGCCCCGCUUCACCAGAGCCCCCACCUCGCUCUCUAGAAAAAAAUGCUCAUUUGCCUGAAAACCGUACCUUCUCGGACAACCCCAAUGUCACUCUCGCUCUUUACAUCGCCAUGGCUCAUGCUGGUCUCUUUCUCUCUCUAGCCGUUCUCUACGCUCUGUCUAAACUCUUUCAAGACUUCUUGCGUCCAAUUCAAUGGGCCAUUCUCUUCUCGAUGCCCCUUCGAGCAAUUCAGAAAACCCUGGUUGAAUUCUGGUCAUACCCACUAAAUUUAGGGUUUCUAGAGACCCUUUUGGCCAUUCCAAUCGCCAUAUUUAAGGUAAUUUCCAGUACAUUGAUGGACCUAAAACUCGUUGGACUCCGGCUAAUUUCCCGGAAAUACCAGGUUUCAGAUGACAAUUCCGGCAAGGUGGGGUUCGCCAAGUUAUUCCAAUGGUUAGUUGCUUUUGGGGCAUUUGUUUUUGGGUAUGAUAUUCUAGGUUUUCCUCUAGUUCUGAUUCUCCCAUUGAUGGCGUUUCUCAGUUUCUUUAAUUCUGGUUUUCCGGAUGUUAAUUCAACUCUUUCCAUGAUUUAUUCUGUUAAAAGAACUCAUAAUCUAUCUAGAAGGAGAUUUAGCGGGUUUUUCACUGAUUGGGUCCUUAAAAGAUUGAAUUUUAUAGUUGCAGUGGGUUUAAUUUCUUCCAUAAUUAUUGGGUUUUUAGCUGGUGGGAUUUUCUUCUCGUAUAAGAUCGGAUUAGAAGGAAAAGAUGCAGUUAUUUCACUGAAAACCCACUUGGAAGAAAGUGACUAUGCAGAAAAAAUUGGGCUUAAACAGUGGAUUAAUGAUAACAAUAUCCCUGUUUUAAUUGAUACUUACUCUGCUAAGGUCCAUGAACAAGUAUUGACACAGAUUGAUUCUUUGGCCACUCAGUAUAAUUUAACUGAAUUUGUUGAUGGAGUUAAGCCUUAUUUGAUGCAACCCGCUGGCCCAAUUCAAUCAAAUCUACCUUCAAUUCCCCCUCACCCAUAUACCGAAAAGUUUCACAGUAUUCGAACGAAGGUUCAAAACAGGGAGUGGAGCGAGAUUUACAGAGAGCUACAUGCCUUUUCGGGAGAAAUUUUGAUAACCAGGGGCGAUUUAGUUGAAAAAUUGAAAGGGCUUGCUCUAAAAGGGGUCACGAUAUCGAGGAGGGUAUUAUCUAGCAGCACUUUGGUAAUGGCUGGAGGGGCAAACGUGUUCUUCUCUUUCUUCUUUAAGAUACUUUCGGGUGCGGUUGACAUUAUGAAUUUUGUUUCUCAAUCCAUAGUUUUCUUCUGGUUAUUGUUUUUUCUCGUCACUUCUGAAUCAGGCGGUGUUAUGGACCAUAUUUUGGGUAUGAUUCCGCUUUCAAAAUCCACAAGGGUUAGGUGUGCUGAAGUACUGGAUCGUUCAAUUAGUAGUGUUCUCCUGGCAACUGCUAAAGUUGCUUUCUAUCAAGGCUUUUUCACAUGGCUACUGUUCAGAUUCUUUAAGAUACAUUUCUUGUAUAUGUCAACAAUUCUGGCUUUUCUAGGUCCCCUUUUACCUAUAUUUCCUUCUUGGCUUUCUACUAUCCCUGCUGGUGCUCAAUUGGCCAUGGAAGGGCGGUAUAUCCAGGCUGUUAUUUUGUGUUGUGUGCAUCUUUUGGCCAUGGAUUUUGGGGCCUCUGCAAUCCAAGAAGAAAUACCUGGUCAGAGCGCUUAUCUCACGGGGCUUAGCAUACUUGGCGGAAUGGCAUUGUUCUCUUCAGCCUUGGAGGGUGCAAUUAUGGGUCCAUUGCUCAUGACUAUCAUGAUCGCCUUGAAGAACUUGUAUGUAGAAUUUGUGCUUGAUGCUAUGGGUAAAGAGGACUAGUAUAAGACUCGACCCCUGCAAUAUAUUUAUUCAUUUAUUUUUUUCCCAGCACAUGAGGCCUUGGUUUCUGGCUUUCAUAUAUUCUCCAUACCAUGCCUAUUGUGUUCAUCAAAGUAUAAUUUGUAACUUAUGCUAAAUAUAACAUCAUACAUUUUUACUUGUGUUUAUUAUUUUGCUGUAUAAUAUUAUAUAUAUAUUAUUCAAUUUGGGUUGUUUUUUCUUGGAACAGCAUUAUUCUGGUAAAAGAAUGCAGAACUUUCUUCUUUGCCCCA